CAGUUUUAAAGGAAACCUUCAAUUUCAUUUAAGUGGGUUGUUGAAUCCCUGAAUAUUGCGGCCCUUUUGAUCCUCUCUUUUUCUCGUUCUCUUUUUCUUUUUGGUUAAAUUUAGAGCUCUCUCUAUCGAGAACAGAGCUAUCUGAAAAGCCUGAGGGAUAAAUAAAAAGAAGCAUUGCUCUUCCGAUGCUGAUUUAUGAUCCUAAGGAAGAAAAGUGAAGGUCAUUAAGAGACACAGGCACGCUCAAUCUUCAGCUCAUGCAUUACCCAUUGUUUGCUGAAAGAUCGAUGACGGGGUCCCAUACGAUUUAAGUGUUCCAUGCAGGAGUUUUUUAUUUGAUUCGAUUGGGGAUGAUGGGCUUGCCUGCCCUCGCCGGAAAAAAGUGCCAAUGAUGCCGUUGCCGGCCGGUGAUGAGCUCUGCAGCAGAACUAUCAAAUUGGGUCUUUCAUUUCGUGUCGAGCCUUGGAAAUAUCGGACACCCAGAAAUUAAAGAAGUGAUUUUUAUUCUGGGUUUGGUGUUUAGAAUUAAUGGAGGACGAAGGAUGGGAGGGUGGAGGAGCGUCUUUGGAAGAAACGCCGUCGUUUGCGGUUGCCUCCGUCGUUUCUGUAAUGCUUGCUUUUGGGUUUUUGAUUCACGGCGCUCUCAAGCAAUUUGGAAAGUGGCUGGAUAGGACUAAGAGGAGAUCUCUCCUUGCUGCGCUAGAUAAAAUCAAGGAAGAGCUGAUGCUUUUUGGGCUCCUAUCAUUGAUGAUGGGUCAUUGGACUGUUUUUGUGGCUAAGAUUUGUAUCAAAUCAUCGGCUUUCAGCAGUAGAUUCUAUCCCUGUGCUGUAGAAAGUGAUGUUAGUUCAGUACAGCAUGUUUAUGUCUCGCGUUCAAAUUAUUUCAAUACUUCAGUUUACCGUGAUCAGCAGCUGAAUGCUGUGCGGCAUGAUUAUUGUCCUGAGGGUUAUGAAUCUUUUGCAUCAUAUGAAAGUCUGGAGCAGCUUCAUCGUUUCGUAUUUGUUCUUGGUGUUACCCACAUUUCUUACAGCUUUGCUGCCAUCGCCUUGGCCAUGAUUAAGAUCUACAGCUGGAGAACAUGGGAAAAUCAGGCAAAGUCACUGGCUGCUCAGUCUUCACAAGGAUCUCCAAAGGCUCUCUCAAACAGCAAAAGAAUGAGACGGCUAUCUACUUUCAUCUUUCAUCACACUUCCCACCCAUGGAGCCAGCACAGAGUUCUUGUUUGGCUGCUUUGUUUCAGCCGCCAGUUUUGGAGUUCUAUAAAUCGAGCUGACUAUAUGGCUUUGCGUCUGGGCUUCAUUACUACUCAUGAGCUUCCCUUGUCAUAUGAUUUCCAUAACUAUAUGCUCCGAAGCAUGGAGGAGGAAUUUCGCGAUAUUGUUGGCAUUAGUAUUCCUCUUUGGAUUUAUGGCAUAUCCUGCAUUUUCCUUGAUUUUCAUGGAUCCAAUAUCUAUUUUUGGGUUUCCUUCAUUCCAGCCAUUUUAAUCCUGCUUAUUGGCACUAAAUUGCACCGCAUAGUGGUAAAAUUGGCUGUUGAAAUUAUGGACACCGGUCCAUGGAUGGAAAACCGUAAUUUUAACUUGAGGGAUGAGCUCUUCUGGCUUGGCAGGCCCAGGCUUCUACUGUGGUUAAUACAGUUGAUAUCAUUCCUGAAUGCAUUCGAGAUGGCAACAUUCAUUUGGUCAGUGUGGGAAGUCAGGGGACCUUCUUGUUUCAUGGAUAAUAGUAGCUUCCUUGUCAUUCGCUUGACAUUUGGGGUUGUCUCCCAAUUCUGGUGUAGCUUCAUAACGUUUCCACUCUAUAUCAUUGUUACGCAGAUGGGUUCAAGGUUCAGGAAAUCUGUGAUCUCCAAAGAUGUAAGGAAGUCACUUCAUGGAUGGCAAAUGAGGGCAAAGGCAAGGCAUGGUUCCUCCUCUGCACGCAUGAGUGCAACAUCAACUACAUCCUUGAAGUCCCCCUCUGCAUGUACGAGUAUGACAUCAACCUCCUGCUUCAAGCCCCUGAUAAACGAAACUAACAACAUUGAUAACCCUGUGUUUAGAAGCUUAGAAUUGAGAUCCUCAAUAUAUGAAGAUAACUCUUCACCGCUUGAAUCAGUGUAUGCAAAAGAAGAUCGAACUUAUAAACCAUCACAAAGUGAUAGGAAGCUCAGUGUUUCACUUACUUCUGCUCCAAUCUUCGACAGUUAUGAUAGUUAUGACGACGAUGAGGAGAUCGAGUGUGAGAAUGGGCCUGAUGCCAGUAAUAAUGAGAAAGAUAGUUCAUGUCUUCUUAGACCAACUUAAGCUCUCCCCUGAUGCUCUCUCUCUCUCUCUCUCUCUCUCUCUCUCUCUCUCACUCAUAUGCUUAAGAUUGUUUGAGAGAACAUGCUUGUAGAAGCUAUACAUGGCUUUGUCAUCUCUCGGUAAACUGUGAUAUUUGUUUAGAUAUAUUAGGGUUGAGGAAAAUGAAUUUUCUUGCCA